AUGGAGUGCCAGUCCCCCGACACUCUCGGUCGACUGCUUGCCAGAUUUACUAUCAUGAGACCGCACUCCGAGGAUUAUAUAAGAAGGCGCGGUUCUUCGGAUUGCAUACCUCGAGCCGGCCUUGGAACUCCGAGGAUUGUAAACGACGCGGCGGCUCUUGGGGUAGUUUCAUUUCAGCCGGACUUGUGUACUGCAAUAAUGGAGUUUGCACAUGGAAGUCGCAGCGAGGAUCCCUCGGAGAUGGCUCCAGAACUGGACGCGUAUACGGCUGGCGGUUGGACGUAG